UUCAGAUGAGCAAUGAAAGAUCGAAUCCGUCGAGUGAAACCGUUGCCACAAAAUUAGACUCAGCAACAGUGGUACCAUCAGUCUCAAAGACAGAAAGAAAAGCAUCAUCAAAUGAAAUAUCAGAUAGCAGUAUCAGCAGUCGGAGAGGAAACCUAGAACAUAAUGAUAGAACAGUUGGGAAAUAUUCACCACUGCACAAUACGAAACAAACUUUGUUGCAAUCAAAGAUGCAGCCAGUUCGUCUCGAUGAGUCGGCGUGUUCGAUUCCCGAGAUGACGACAGCUUCAGACUUGAUCGGAACAAAUCCGAGUGUCGGAUCCGAACUUAAAAUGGAGGGAUACACUCCGAUAGGGUUCGAACACAUGAACAUGCGUAACUUCGCCAUGCUGUCCUUGGGCAAUUCUUUCAUUAUACGGACAUUGAUAUACCCGACGACAUUGAUCAAGACACGGUUGCAGGUGGAAAAGAGUGGCGCCGGAUACUUGAAUGGGCGCGAUGCAUUCCGCAAGAUCCUCAAAUCAGAAGGCGUCUCUGGACUGUACCGUGGAUUCAGUGUCUACAUGGCCAGUGCUUUCUCAGGGUGUUGCUACAUUCUAACUUACGAGUACAGUAAACACUGGGUCAGAUCGGCAGGAGGAGGAAGGACUGCUCAGAAUAUCACAGCCGGUGCUCUGGCCUCGCUGGUCGGACAGACCAUCUCAGUUCCAGUGGACAUUCUAUCCCAGCAUAUGAUGAUGACGGCUCGUCGUGACAUGCGUGUGCACAGUAUAGGAGAUGUGAACAUUCCCAAGGGGACUUCUCUCUUCUUCGUGGCCAGGACAGUCUACUCCAAGUAUGGACUCUGUGGUGUGUAUAGAGGCUACUUCUCCUCCAUGUUUCUGUACGCUUCAAACUCUGCCCUCUGGUGGCAGUUUUACUCAAUAUAUAAUGAUGCGAUUUGCAGUCGGAAGCCAGAGUGGAUGCCGACUAUUCUGUGCAACUGCAUCACUGGACCCUUAGCCGGACUGACCUCUUCCUACCUCACAAACCCACUGGACGUCAUCCGGGCCAGAAUGCAAGUGGAAGGUCAGCCGAGUGCAUUUGCAACAAUGAAGAGUCUAAUUGAAAGCGAAGGUCUCAUACACGGAAUGCAUAAAGGUGUGGGGGCCAGAAUGUUCAAUGCAGUUAUAACCUCCCUAAUUAUCACCUUAACCUAUGAAGUGACAAAACGGUUUAGUUUGAAUUCAGAGAAUAAAAAGAAUUUCAAUUGGUAGCUGUAAUAUCAUCUGUGCUGUUUUUCUCGGAAUAAAUCAUUUCCAAAUUAACUUCUUUAUCGGAAAUUUAAUCAAAGCGACAUUGAAGUUUGGUUUUUUCUAGUUAUGAUAUCUUGCCCAUAACUAUAACGUUGGGUGAUCGUAAAAAAAGUUCACCUGUUUUGUCUAUUAUAACUGCAACCCCAUUUCAAAUUAGUAUAUCAAAUUCAUUGCUAUUUAAGUUCAAUUUUAUAGCGAUGUACAGAUUUUAUAUUAUUUUGAAUUUCUCUCAUUCUAGUUAUUUUGGAUGAUAU